AAAAUACACGAAUCCAAGGUUGGCGCGACUCCAUGGAAGCAGCUCGGAAUCGAACCUAAAGCCACCUCGCGACGACAAUUCAAUCUUGGGUUCUACGUUAGCCAUUCGACCGCCUGGUCGUCGCCGGCUUCGCCUCGUCCGCUCUCGUGUCCGAUCAGUCCCUUCGCCGCGGCGCGCAACUGUACCAGGGACGACGACGACGCGCUCAAGAAUCAGCCAAAAUCCUCGGGAAACUACCCAGAAGCUGCUCUCCCUCUCGCUGUCUCGUCAGGUGCCUCUCGCUCUUCAGGCUCCGACACGAUCUUGGGAAGUUUCUCCCGCUGUCCCUGUUCGUCGCCCUUGUUCGGUUCUUUUUCCACCCGAAAUCGAUUCUUACCGUGCCUUGUGUUCUGGGGUUUCGAUUGCGGGUUGCGGGUUGAGACCCUAGAUUGAUCUUCGUCCUCGGGAACUUUUGGGUGUUUGCAAAAUCGCAGCUUGGGCUGUUCCGUUUGGUUGAUUUUUCCUGUUUUUUUGGUGGGUGGGGCUGAAAGGCGAAGGAGUAUGGUGGAGCCAUGGCGAUAUAGCUUUGCCAGGAACCCUAAAUUCCGCGGGGUGUUCAAUGGGAUUUGCGCCGCGGUCUUGUUAUUCCUGUUCUAUACGCAAGAUGAAUUCUUGAGAGGUCCCUAUGUGGGGAAUUCGCCUUCGGUCCUGCCUCCUAGUUGGCGCUCGAGAGGUUUUGCUGAUCGGGUCGAUCAGUUCACGGUAAUACACAGGAGGAUUGCUGAAGUUGAUGCUGCCGGGUCAAAUGGUACUGUGAGUGUCGACGAGUCCGAUGGUGACGGUUUGACCGUGAAGGAUCCUAAACUGUGUGCCGGCUUGUAUGAGCACAAGGGUUAUAAGAGCAAGUGUGAGUAUCUGAUCGCCAAUCCCGAGUGUAACUCUGGUGGGUUCUUCCAUUACAUUUCAUUCUUCUACUGUGAUUGCGAGAAAUUCACCGGUGUGGCGUAUGCUGUGCUGGCAUUGUGGCUGGCUGCUCUGUUUUAUCUGUUGGGCAACACUGCAGCGGAUUACUUCUGUUGUAGUUUGGAGAAGCUUUCUAGUCUUAUGAAGUUGCCACCGACGGUUGCAGGGGUUACUCUGCUUCCGCUUGGUAAUGGAGCUCCUGAUGUGUUUGCUAGCAUUGCCGCAUUUGUGGGGAAAGAUGCAGGGGCGGUGGGUCUCAAUAGCGUGUUGGGUGGUGCUGUUUUUGUUACUUGUAUUGUCGUGGGGGCUGUUUCUUUCUCUGUAGCAGAAAUGAGGGUUCAGAUUGAUAGGAGGUGUUUCAUCAGAGAUAUAUCCUUCUUCCUCUUCACUUUGAUUUGCCUUGGUAUAAUUUUGAUUGUUGGUGAGGUCGGUGUUGGAGGUGCUAUUGCAUUUGUUUCCAUAUAUGGACUUUAUGCGUUCACGGUUGCUGCCAAUGAGAUGCUGAGGAACCAAGCCAGGAAAUUAAAGCUAGAUUCUGUUACGCCUUUACUUCCUGUCAGAGGAAGUAUCUUCUGUCAAGGAAGUGAGGAAGAUGAAUCUAUUUAUGCCUCACUGCUUGAGUCGGACUCUGAUGUUGAUGUACCUCAUCUGCAAAGCAAGUUGCCGCACUGGAUGUGGGCUUCAAAUGUUGCAAUUUAUUCAAAUGAGGCUAUCAAAGUCAAUCCGGAUAGCCCAAAGCAGUUGUGGGGUUGGAAUGAGGAUGAAACAGCCAAUGGUAAAUCAUCCUUCAAGUGCUUGAAAGUAUUUUCUCUACUGGAGAUGCCACUGACACUACCAAGGCGGCUGACAAUCCCUAUAGUCGAGGAAGAAAGAUGGUCAAAGACAUAUGCCGUUGCUAGUGCCUCAUUAGCGCCUAUUCUUUUGGCAUUUUUAUGGAACACCCAAGACGAUGUUGGAAAUCUGAGCAGAGAAAUUGCAUAUGCUAUUGGUAUUUGUGUUGGGGGCGUACUUGGUGUUUUUGCAUAUGUAUACACCAGAGCGGAUCAACCACCGAGCAAGUUCUUAUUUCCUUGGGUCUUUGGAGGAUUCUUCAUGAGUAUAAUCUGGUUCUACAUUGUCGCAAAUGAGCUUGUUGCUUUGUUGGUAGCUCUGGGUGUUAUUUUUGGCAUAAAUCCUUCUAUCCUCGGUUUGACAGUUUUGGCCUGGGGAAACUCGAUGGGUGAUCUGAUGUCAAAUGUAGCAUUGGCAAUGAAUGGUGGAGAUAGUGUGCAGAUUGCUAUGUCGGGUUGUUAUGCUGGGCCUAUGUUCAACACUCUUGCUGGUUUGGGAGUUUCAAUGUUUCAUGGAGCCUGGUCUAGUAGACCUGCAUCAUAUGUAGUCCCCCGGGAUAGCAGUCUAUUUUACACGAUGGGGUUUCUGAUUAGCGGACUUCUUUGGUCACUCUUCGUCUUGCCCCGACAUGACAUGCGACCGAACAAGAUGUUGGGGAUCGGCCUUAUGUCAAUUUAUCUGGUCUUUCUAGUUUUGAGGUUAAGCACAUCUAUGGGUGUGGUUUAUUGAAUGGUCUUAGUUGACUAACGGUCAAGGCAUGAGGCAUGGGAACUCCGGUCAGGGUAGUGUGUACUCAAAUAUGGAUGCGUCCUUCUCUCCACAAACACUGCUUUGCGCCUGGUGCCUGGAUGAUGUAGCUCAUUUUCUUGUUGCAUACUGAAAAAGUUAUAUCAGAAUGGUUGAGCUGCAAGCUGGGCCUUGCGAAUGUAUCUAUUUGAUGUACAGUACCGAAUUAUCUUUGUGAGAGUUCAUCUCCAAAUGCUAAUGCCUUUUUUGUAUCGA